AUGAUAAGGAAGUCACAACUGAGGGAGUGUUUUGGGAAGGCGAGAGUUACUGAAGCUGCCGAAAUAAAGUCUGAUGAAAGCGGUAAACUCUGCUUAACCGAUCCGGUAAUUUUGAAGCAAGAAAGUCAAGUUAUUACGGCUAGUGAAGCCCAGGAAAUAAAUAGUCUCGGGGCAAAAAGCCAACAACAAACCGAGUUCGUGCAGAAAAUUACGAAAAAACACGAAAAACUAUACGAUGACAAGUUAAAGUUUUUAUAUGAUUUAAAGCAAAGGAACAUGUGGCAGGACGGGCUGAGUGCUCCGCAAGGAUACGGAACAGACGAAGUUUUGUGCGACGAAGCCCAAACGGAGGAAAAUUUUUUGGCCCGCAGAAAAUUAUUAUUGAAAUUUAUCCUAAACAGCCAGAAGACUCCCACUUCCAUAA